CCGUAAACUGUACUGUGUUGUUGCCAGAAGCAAACUACUGUUAGGCCUCUGAGCGUGGGGAGGGGGAUGGGGAGAUGUUGCUCCAACUAGCUAAACACACUGGUGAGGGAAGCUAGCUUCUGUCCCAACCCCUCAGGUAAAGAGAAGGCUGGAGCUGGAAGCCGGUGACCCCCAGGACCUUCAGGAUGCUGGCUGGACUGCCAAAGCCAAAAAGCCAAUGGCCUCUCUGUCCCACACAGGAGGGAAGGCUCCCACCCCCAACCCCAUAGCACAGAAGACCCUGCUCGAGAGGUCGCGCUACGAAACCUCGCUCGGUUUGUUGACGCGGAGGUUUGCGGAGAUUCUGAGCCGCUCCUCUGACGGGGUGUUGGACCUCAACCUUGUCGCCCAGGAGCUCAACGCCCCCAAGAGACGCGUCUACGACGUCACCAACGUCCUGGAAGGGAUUCAACUCAUCAAAAAGAAAUCUAAAAACUUUGUCGAGUGGUUGGGCGGUCAAGUGAACAUACAGGUAGAACAGGAGCUGAAGGCUCUCGUGGACGAGGAGCGGAGGCUGGACGAGUUGAUCCAGAGCUGCACGUGGCAGGUUCACCAGCUGUGUGAGAACCAGAACAGUCAGAAAUUUGCCUAUUUGACGUACGAGGACGUGCAACGGAUCCCCAGCUUGAAAGAACAGACCGUGAUCGUGAUCAAAGCCCCCGCAGAGACGAAACUGGAGGUGCCACACCCAGAAGAGAGCCUCCAGGUCCACCUCAGCAGCACACAGGGGCCCAUCGAGGUGUUCCUCUGUUCCAAUGACCCCGUCCCGAUGGAAGCCACGGACGGCUCUGCGGCCGACGGGAUCGACGCCUCCCCCCUCGUGCCUUACUCCACCUUCGUCCAGGUGUCUUCCAAAGACAAUGCUAACCGUACUUUUGGAAUCGAUAGCAUCUCUUACCCGCUGUCUGGGCUGACACGCCACUCUUCGCCGGUCCCCGUCACCCCGGUCUCUCCCGUGCACACCUCCCUCCAGCCCCCCUCUGAAGAUCCACAGAGCUUUGUCAGCCUCUCUCCCCCUCUCCCCUUCUCUGUCGAUGGGGAUGACUACCUCCUGAGCCUGGCUGAGGAUGAGGGCAUCACUGACCUCUUCUCCUCGUUCGAGCUGGACAGAUUGCCCCUGGAUAUGCCAAUUCUCUAAACGGCUGUUUUGGAAACUCAAUAUUUUUCGGAGGCAGGUGGCAUCUUCUCACCAACAGGAUAUCAAGGGGGAUACAACAAACAGAUGUUUUUAUAUUCACAUCCCGGACGAUGUGACUGGGAUUUACUGACGCUCAGGUAUGUGGAGGAGUGAGAUCUUGUCGUGGCUUCCUUAUUGACUGAAGGACUUGGACUGACGUGCAUGCUGUUCUACAAAACACUUUGUUUCAGAGCUUGAGUCUGUUGCACUGUUGGAUGUCUAAGUGUCCUUUAACUUCUGAGCAUUGCUGUCUCAACACAGGAAUUAUUCCUGACCAUGUCCUUUUCUAUUGUGAUCACGUAGGAGCCUUCACAACAACGCCUGAUGAUGUAGACGCACAUUUAGUGUCGAGAAAUGUUGAUUAAAAGCAUUUAAAAUGCAAAGAACCCCA